AUGGACAGCUCAUUCAAGUUUUGGAGGGGCAUGCGGCUGCUGUUUGGGAUGUGUGUGUGUGUGUGUGUGUGUGUGUGUGUGUGUGUGUGUGUGUGUGUGUGUGUGUGUGUGUGUGUGUGUGUGUGUGUGUGUGUGUUGGCCGUGCUGCCUGAUUUGGGCCUUUUUAUCAGCUGCGGAAACGAUGGUGCUUGUCACGUCUGGACCGCCGAUGGAACGCUGAUGCAGUCCUACAAGGCUUCUGAGAGCUUUUUAUACAGCGUGGCUCCCAUGAAAAACGGGUCGUUUGCUACAUGUGGCGAGGACGGCACGCUUCGCAUCUGGCAAACCUCGCAGGAACAACCUCUUCAAGCGAUUGGCACACCCUGCGGUUCAUUGUGGAGUGUCAGCGCAACACCGGACGGUCUGCGCAUCGUGGCUGCCGGCGAUGAUGGUGUCGCGCGCAUCUUUUCCAGCUUGCCGGCGGAGGCAGCUUCGCCAGAAGAGCUCGUGGCUUAUGAAGAACUUGUGCUUGCAGUGGAGGCAAGUCGUGCACAGCAGAAUGUCGGGGAUCUAAACAAGCAAGAUCUUCCAUCUCGCGCAGCUUUGCAAAAGCCAGGCUCAAGUGAUGGCCAAACCAUCCUUGUUAACCACAAAGGCACAGUCGAAGUUUAUUCAGCUGUGGAUGCCAAGAAAGCUGACUUCACCUUUGACGUGGAGCUGGAUGGCCGCAUGCUCAAACUGGAGUAUAAUCGCGACACCAACCCAUAUGAAGCCGCACAGAGCUUCAUUCACAAGCACCAAUUGGAGCAACGUUUUUUGGAUCAGAUUGCACAGUUCAUCAUGCAGAAUUGCCAGUCGGACUACAUCACCUUUGUUAAUGCAAAUGUGACAAAGGCUUUUGAAAAACUGAGUGCUAUCAAUGCUCAACACAGUAGCGACGGCUUGACUGCCAUAGCUGCCAGGCACAAGGCAGUGGUCAUGUUGAUAUUGCGCCUCGUGGCCAAUGCCGCGCCUGCGCUGUCCGAUACGCCUGCUCUGGCUCUUCCAUUCCUGGAUCAGUUUCUGAGCAUCACCGAUACUCUUUUGAGCGAAGCUCUGCCUGCUUCGAUUCCGCUUCCAUUGUCGACUGUCUUGUACAAUACUGCCAUUCUGCUCAAGCACCAAGAUGUUCAAAAUGAUCGAGUGGCGGCAGUUGAGUUUGGCACUCUGAAAGUUAUCAUCAACGCGUUGAGUAUGCCAAAUUUUCCCGAAGAAGCAACGUAUCGCCUAUUGGUGGCUCUCGGCACUGUUGUUCAUGACUCAGAAGUGGCGUGCGCUGCUGCAAUGUCAUUGAACGUGACGGCUGCGCUCAGCAAAGUGCGCAAUACGGCAGGCAAGAUAUCUGAGGCUGCAAAGCAAAUUCAAGCACUCAUGUAA